UAGAAAUAACGAUGUCGUUCACAAACUUCAUUUGCAUAUUUCUGUUUUGGUAGAUGAUUUUCAAAUUUUUUUAUCGCGCACUGCAGCAGAUCGGGAAGUGUUGAUUUCUAUAUAUAGUGAUAUGAUGAGAUCGGACACGAACGUUGAAACACGAACGCGAUCAGAUGGCAGACAAUCUUUGUCAAGACGACGAUUGACGAGAGUUACACACAGCGGCGAAAACGGGGCUUUUGAAAACGACCUUGCUCUGGCGAUGCAAGAGAGUUUGAGAUACGCAAAACAAGAAGAAGCAAACAAAAAAAGAUUACAGGAAGAAAGUCUUAUUGAAAGAAACGGAUUAGAUGUCCAAAACAAAGUCGGAGAAGUUACGAUGAGUGGUAGAGCUUGUAUGGAGUCCCCUAAAGGGCCUAAACAACUGAAGGAACUUUUGUUGCUACAUGUCGAUCUAGUUCAACAUCAACAAGAACUUCUAUCGCAGAAAGACAAAGAAAUAAAACAGUUGCAAGAAGAAAGAACAGCAUUAACAUGUCGUCUAGAACGGAUGGAAAGGCGAAUGUCACUAUUAAAACAAAAAGAUGACUUAUCAGAAAUGCAAAAUAAGUCACUUGGUAGUCCAAACUCCUGUGUUCAGUCUGCAUCCAAGGCCACACAAGAGCAAUCAUCAACAGUAGACCGGGGAACAAAGCGGAAAUCAUCUGGCUUGGAGCCUCAGAAUCUCACAAAAAGGUUUGCAGCAGAAGCCCAAAAACCACUUGCCUCAUCAACUCCAAGUCAUCGCACAGAGAGACACCAACGAUACAGGAACAGGUCAGCGACUGUAUCUUCAACUGUAUCAUCCACUCCCAGCAUUGAGCCUGUGACCUCCAACAUUGCUAGUCCUCGCAAAAACCAACGUUCUGCCAAGAAUAUUCGUGACAGUCCAGACAAUUCUGUAUUGCGCACGAGUGAUCCUUAUUAUGUUUCAUACUAUGAACCCCCAAACUCUGAAGACAUUGACCUGGAAUCUCGAGGCGACAUCGUCCAGGGAACACAAAAGGAGUUACAAGUUGAAUUACCACAGUGGCAAAACAGAACCUACACCAAUCUUUGGGUGCUGGAGGGGACAGAGAAUCUCGAAGAUGAAGUAUUUCUUAAACGACAUCAAAAGCCUGAAAUAGAAGAGAAACGAAGAAAAAGAUGGGAUCUACAACGAAUUAGAGAGCAAAAGAUAUAUGAAAAACUGAAAGAAAAGGAGAGAGGAGAGGUGUGCAACAAAGAUGAAGGACAGCAAUCUAAUUCACUAGAAUCUUUCUAUCCAAGUUUAGAUACAAUUACACAUAUAGAGGUGACUAACAAAAUCCCUGUGAUGGUGUUUGGACAUCCUGUACCAAGUUUAGACAAGACGGAAUUUUCUUUACCUUGGGAACUUGAAACAAGUGUACAAGCCCAUCCAUCUCGAUGUAGUCGGAACAGCCGCCAUACAUAGUAUAGCAUAAGUGAACCCCAUCGGACUGCCCUACCCACCAAUCACAGCUAGUCAGUGAGUGGUUCAUCAGAAUGUCAUCGCUGAAGCUGUGCUUCAAACCCAUCAUCAUUCAGGACCAAGCUGUUAAACAUCUGAAAAAUAAUUUUCCCUCGAAAUAUUUGCUAAUUUCAGUUUACGUACUAGUAAACAAGUACAAUGUAGAAGUGUCAUAUUUCUGUAUGUAAUGAACUACAGACUACAUAUAUUGCUCAAAAGGUAUCUGUCUGAAUCUGACAUAAGUAGAACAAUGUGUUUUACAGAAUCAUAGUGAUUUUUACAGUUCAUUUACCUGUAACACAUAAACAUGUGAUUUUAUUCUUGACGUGGAUUUGCAACAGAUUCUAUAACAGGCAUUAGGGAUAUAGUCAAACAUCGUAUAUGUGUUGGAACUUUGCCGUCUUGGCUGCAGACAAUUAUUCCAGACACAGUACCUGUCUAUUCAAAGUUGCUCCAGUUUUGGAUACAUUUCAUAUUACCAGGUGUUACACUGCCAUGUAAAGGAACUGAAUUGUGUUUUGUUUUAACAAUUUUCAUUAUACCAUUCUUUGUUCAUUAUUUCUAGGAUUUGAAAUGUAUAUUGGGAUCCUUAAUAUCAGAAAAACUUAUGUUGCCAGUUUGUGGUGCCAAAUGUUAUAUCAAAGCCUUUCGCAAUGUUAUAAGCUUCUCAUGUGUUUAAAACAACAUUACAAUCUAUAUAUAAACGUUUGAUGAUGGCCUUGUAUAUACCGCCUAUGCCAUCAAAGUGUAAUAUUGUUCACAUUGGUUGUAACCAUUCGACCAAGUGCAACAAGUACACUAUGUUUUCAGUGAUCAAUCUACAAUUUACAAUCGGGACUCGGGAUGUAGAUUGAAUCUUUGACCACAGCAUACUAAAGAUUGUUUUGGCUUUGUCAUCAAUAUUUUAUAUCAAAAUCCACUUAAAUACAUGUAGUGCUUUUCGUUCAAUGCAAUUUUCAUCAACGUUUGUAUAGUUCAUGAUUAAAAACAUCCCAUUUUCAAAUAUCCUUACAAUGUCAGCAGUAGUGAAAAUCAGGUGAAAAAUGUCUCUUUUACCAACAGUAUUAGUGAUUAGCCUGUAGGUUUUUAUAUUCAUGUUGAACAUGCCGUAUAUGGACCUAUAACACAUCAACACUUGGUCAUGGAUAGAUGAAAAGUUAAUAUUAAAAUCUCAUAUAGGUUUAGAGAUUGAUUGUAUUGAGAAAUCUAGUACAAUUUUCUAACCAGCGUGUGUUCUUAAUAGAUUAUAUAUAUGAUAUACCUAACCAUGCUGUUUUCUCGUCUAAAGAUCUGAAAGUUUUAAAAUUGUCACUUGCUUUUGCUGAAUAUGGAAAUAUUGUAUUGAUGGAUGCAUUGUUUUUCUGACUGGUUGACCAGUGGUGUAUGUUAGGUGUAACAGAACCAAAUUUUUUGUCUAAUGAUUUCUUUAAAAUAUCAGCCACCUACUUUUACCACAGACUUGAGGUAAGUCUGUGCUUUUACCAAAGGAUUUAUGAUAAAAAAUUGAACUAACAUUGGACAACUGAACCAUAAGUUGGACACAUUAUAUUAAUUGGACUAAUGUGGCUGUUGAGGAAAAAGAUUUUGUGUGAAUCGGUAACAGGGAAGUGUCUUGGUAAUAGUCAUGUGGUGGUUUGUUGGAUGUGAUCUCGACUUUUUAAAUGUUUUUCUAGGUGUCUUUGAAAUGAAUGUUUUGCUUAAUAUGUCUAGUUGUGUAUAUUCACAUAAUUGUUGAAAUUUGAGAGUAUUUAAAAUGUUUAUAUAAGAAAGUUUUAAUUAUUUAUUUUAAGUGUCGGAGGUAAAUGGUUUUAUUCUGAGUAUAGUAAGGAAACUGAUACAAUAUGCGACUUUUGUUUGUACAGUCCAUAUUUGAUUCAAGUGUUUAGAAAUCCUGGAGAUGUUUGAACUCUUCUGGUGACUUGUAUGACCUAUUGUUGUCAGUCCAAGACAAAAUGCAUUUCUCGUUUUGCAAGAGGGAAGUUUUUCUGACUGUAUAUUCAGAUAUUUAAUGUUUAUAUGAUAUUAUUUGUUAGAAAUUCAGAUAAAAGUGUUGUUUUGACAAAUCAUUAAACGAUACAUUUUGUUUGAAAGUAUUCUGUACUUGGAUUUAAUUAUUUGUCCUGUUUGUUUUAAAAUCUUAUUAAUGUCUUAUAUGUUCAUAUCUUGGUUUUCAAAUAUAAAUGGCAUUAAUAAACCUUGGUGUCCAAUGGUGCCUGGUUCACUGGCCAGUAACUGUAUGUUGAGUACAGCGUGUAUGAAUUUCAAAUGUUGGCAUGGUGUGUGGCCGUUAUCACAGUGAAGCUGGAGACUAAAGGUUGUAAUUUUCAUAAAUUGGAUUCUUUUUACUCAAAAGUAGGAUGCAUGACAACCCACCAAAAAACAAACUUUAUAUCCCUUUAAUUUAGAAUUUAUAGUUUAAGCAAUAGCCCGUUAAUUUCCCCAAGCAGAUAUGUAAAUCUUGCAUUUACAUACCAAAUAUAAUUUGCUCAAGAAGUAAGAAUUACUGGUGUUCUCUUAGACAAUGGUUAUGUAGUCCAAAUACUGCAAGUAAAGUGUUGGAAAGUGCACAUAAACUUCAUUAAUUGAUGUAUAAUUUAUUACAGUAUUAAACCUAACAAGUGCACCCCCAUCUUUUUUUUCAGGAAAAGAGAAUGGAUGUACUAUGAUUGAAACAUAUGAAACAUAUUGAGUUCCUUACCUCACUGAACUGCUAAUAUUUCUUAAGUCUUUUAACCAAAGACUGGAUUGUUUUCAUUACAUAAAGGUAUGCAAGUGAAAAAAGAAAGAAGUAAUUUUUCCCACCAAGAUUUCACAUGGUUUCCCUGCACAUAUUUUUAUGAAGCACACUCCUUUUGUGUUUUUGUACAGUGCACUUAUUAGGUCAAAUAGGGUACAGACACGCUAUGAUAAUUGCCAUUAUACUGAAUGGAUGAGGUUGAGUUUGUGAGAUGUGUGUUGUACAAAUCUGCUAUGUUCUGGACCAAGUGCUUUGCAUGUCAUAGACAGUUGUCCACAAGUAUUGGAUAUUAACAUAUGUAAACAAAUAAAACCAAAAAUGUGAAA